AAUUAAGAAAUAACUCUCUCAUUCUCACUCAAUCCCAUCCAUAUAUAUAAAGUACUACCUAAUACAGUUGAGAAUAUGGCUCUAUCUCUCUUCUCCAACCAUUAUUUGUGAAGUUUGUUCAUCUAUUGACAUGGAAGAAGUUCAAGAAACUCAAGUUCAACUCAGCAUUAGGGCUGAGGAAGCUAAUGAAGGAGAUUCUCAUAGCUAUGCAAAUGAAUCCAACCAAUCAACUAGUCCUCAAACCAGAAAACUUGGACUUUGGAUUCGAAUUGGGAUUUAUUCAUUCCUUCUUCUCUCUGGCCAGGCAACAGCAACUUUAUUGGGGAGACUGUAUUAUGAGAAAGGUGGAAAGAGUAAAUGGAUGGGAUCACUUGUUCAGCUAGUAGGCUUUCCAAUUCUUCUUCCUUACUAUCUCUUCCGAAAAAAGAAGAUUAAAACCGAAAACAAUCAAAACACUACUACUAAUACUAAUACUCUUCCCAUUCAAUCAAAAAAGCCAUCUAUGCUAAUUGUUGCCUCAUUUUACUUGGUUUUCGGCCUAAUCAUAGCAGCAAUUUGUUAUCUAUACUCGGUUGGUCUGAUGUACCUUCCAGUGUCAACUUACUCAAUCAUAUUAGCAUCCCAAUUGGCCUUCAAUGCUUUCUUCUCAUUCUUUCUAAACUCACAUAAGUUCACUCCUUACAUAAUCAACUCCCUAGUUCUUCUCACCAUCUCUUCUGUUCUGCUCGUAUUAGAACCCGGUUCUCAAAAAUCUUCUAAAGUCUCAAAAGGGAAGUAUGCAAUUGGUUUUGUUUGCACUGUGGGUGGCUCUGCAGGGUAUGGAUUGGUUCUCUCCUUAACUCAGUUUUUCAUGAACAAAGUUAUUAAGAAGGAGAGCUUUUCAGUGGUAGUGGAUGUCUUAUUGUUUCAAUCACUUGUGGCAACAGUUGUAAUUCUUGUGGGACUUUUUGCAAGUAGUGAGUGGUCAACUUUGAGAAUAGAAAUGAAUGAGUUUGAACUUGGGAAAGUUUCAUAUGUCAUGACAUUAUCAUGGACAGCUAUAACAUGGCAAGUUUUCUCAAUUGGAUUAUUGGGUUUAAUACUAGAAGUCUCUUCCCUCUUCUCCAAUGUCAUAGGUGUUUUGGGUUUGCCUAUUGUCCCAAUUAUGGCUGUGUUUUUCUUCCAUGAAAAGAUGAAUGCGAUCAAGGUUAUGUCUAUGGUUAUGGCUGUUUGGGGCUUUGUUUCAUAUGCUUAUCAGAACUAUCUUGACAAUCAAAGUUCCAAGAAUGACAAUCCAAUAACCAAUAGUUCACCUUAGGAAAAAAUCAAUGGUUGAAUUUAUGAACUAGCUUGUUUUCUAAAAGGGCUAUACAUGCACAUGUAAAAAGAAGAGAGAAAAAUAUAAUAUAAUAAAAUAAAAUAAAAGAUUGUAAUGUUUUAUUCCUUGUCCUAAUGUUUUUAUUAAUGCUCGAAUAAUUGUUUUGUAG